AUGCCAGGAAUAGCAAAUAUGUCAUUAGACAAUAUGUUUUGUACUCGUUGUGGAGAUGGUUUUGAGCCAAAUGAGAAAAUAGUAAACUCUAAUGGUGAACUGUGGCAUACUGGUUGUUUUGUAUGUGCUCAAUGUUUCCGUGUUUUUCCUGAUGGUGUCUUUUACGAGUUUGAGGGCCGAAAAUAUUGUGAACGAGAUUUUCAAGUAUUAUUUGCUCCAUGCUGCGGGAAAUGUCGUGAAUUCGUAAUCGGUCGUGUGAUAAAGGCGAUGAAUUCUAACUGGCACCCGUCUUGCUUCCGCUGUGAGGAGUGCAACGUGGAGUUGGCCGACGCCGGAUUCAUAAAGCACGCGGGGCGUGCCCUCUGUCACGCCUGCAAUGCUCGCAUCAAGGCGGACGGACUCCAAAAUUACAUGUGUCAUAAGUGCCAUGGCGUGAUAGACGGGGAGCCGCUCCGCUACCGCGGCGAAGUGUACCACGGCUACCACUUCGCGUGCGCCACCUGCGGCGUGGAGCUCGACCACACCGCGCGCGAGGUCAAGAACCGCCCGGGAUACGCCGCCAACGAUGUUAACAAUCUCUUCUGUCUACGUUGCCAUGAUAAGAUGGGUAUUCCUAUAUGCGGCGCGUGUCGUCGCCCUAUAGAAGAGAGAAUUGUCACCGCCUUGGGAAAACAUUGGCAUGUUGAGCAUUUCGUAUGCGCCAAAUGUGAGAAGCCAUUCCACGGCCACCGCCACUACGAGAAGAAAGGCUUAGCGUACUGCGAGCAGCAUUACCACCAGCUGUUCGGCAACCUCUGUUAUGUGUGCAACCAAGUUAUUGCUGGAGAUGUAUUCACGGCGCUGAACAAGGCGUGGUGCGUGCACCACUUCGCGUGCGCGCUGUGCGACACGGCGCUCAGCACGCGCAGCAAGUUCUACGAGUACGACGAGCGGCCCGCCUGCCGCCGCUGCUACGAGCGCCUGCCCGCCGAGCUGCGACGUCGGCUGCGGCGCGCGCACAACUACACGCUGCGCCGC